ACACACGAAAAGUUUCUGUCACUUUCUUUUCGUUUAGUUUCCAUCUGUGAACUAGAUUAGUAUUUUUUUGAUGAAAACAGAAGCUGUACCAUACUCUAGUCAUAGAUAAGUUGUAUAUGAUUGGUCUUCUGACUCGAAAAUUAUGACUUCUUUCGGAAAAUAUGUUAGUAAUUUUGUCAAAACAGCUGUUUCGUCUAUUUCUCCUAAUAAAGUAACACCUUACACUUUAAGCCAAUACGAAUCUGAAUAUGAAAAUUGUGAACAAUUACUACAACAAAAGUCAAUUUAUUAUUUCUACAAAGUGGCAAAUCAUUUUGAUAUGGUUUACUUACCUGGAUCAGUUGGCAUUCCAGUCAAUGGAGAGACUGUUUAUGCUUACAGUUUAUUUAGAUUUCAAGGCGAACAAGAAGCAGGCGUUGCUGUAUUUUUAAGAUACAUAGAAGUUUUGGAUCCUCUGCAUUUAGCCUGUAUGAACAUGAGCUUAUCCAUUGAUCGCACAUAUUUGGAGAAAAUAACUGCACACUGUCGAAACCAAUGUGGCUGGUCAGCUGCUCAUGUAGCUGCAGCAAUGUCUUGGCGUGAGGUUUUCUUAAGCGAGUCAGUAAACGGUCUUUUAAAUGAAUAUGAUCCUCUUUCUGGUCUAACUCCACUACGAGUCGCAAUCAAAGAGAAUGAUGAAGAGACAGUUCAGUCUUUAGUAACUAUGGAUAAUAUCAAGGCAACUGAAAAAGAUGAGGAUGGUAAUACUGUUCUCCAUUUGGUUUUGGGAGAUACUUCGGCGAAAAUUUUAUCUCUUCUUCUUGAUAAUCUUCAAAGCUUAGAUGUGAAUGCUUUGAAUAACAAAGGUGAAUCUCCUUUACAUAUUGCCUGUCGUAAUAAUUCUAUGGAAUGCAUUGAAAAACUGCUUAAAGCUGGUGGUAAUCCUAUGAUUGGUGAAUUUGAAUCAUUUCCUAUUCAUAUUGCUGUCAAUAAUGAUUCACUUGAAUGUGUUAAUCUACUUUACACUUAUUGUCCUAAUUGUAUCAAUCUACCAGAUUUAAUAAAUCAUAAUACUCCAAUUCAUUUGGUGCAUAAUCCGAAAAUCUUUGAAAGACUGUGUGAACUUGGAGCUAAUUUAGAUGCACGCAAUGAUUUAGGAUUGACUAUUUUACAUAUGAAAGUACGCGAUAAUAAUUUCGAAGAUGUUUUGGCCUUAUUAGUUCGUGGUGCUGAUCCAAAUUUACCUAAUGCUAGUGGAGCAACUCCUUUACAUUAUGCCAUGACUUAUAAUGCAUCGAUUCAUAUUAUUCGUGCAUUAUUGGCAUUUGAAGCGGAUCCUUAUGCUCUAAACAGUAAUCAGCACAGUUGUCGACAUUUAUUAUGUUGUAAUGCUGAGAGUUAUAUACCUUCACCUGAUCGAGACUUAGCCCUGUACACUUUGGAUGCAUUAGGUAUCAGUCGAUGUCCUCCUGGGACUGUGGAUUGCACGGAAGGUUGUAUGGACCUAGAAUGUGCUGAAAAACGUAAUCUAUCUGUAUUUAAUGGUACACCUCCAGAAGUAGUUCCUCAUUUAGCAGAUAUCACACGUGAAUCAAUUGAAGAAAUUCUCUUAUCCACUACUUCAGCUGAUUAUAACCCCUCACUUCAAACAAGUCAAAUGACUCAAUCACAAACAAUGUUGAAUAAUGACUUAUCAAAUGGUAUGAUUCCACGUUCAUACAAUUCUCAUUCAGAAAACCAUGAUGUAAAUCAGAGUAAUAUUAAACAGCGACAUUCACAACAAUUUUCACAUACUCCAAAGUCGCAUCGACGAAUGGUAUCUUUACCAAAUGAUAAUAAUGUACAGUUAGUCAAUCAAUCCCUGUCUGACGGUAGUGUACACCUGGCAUCUUUUAGUGUUCCCUCUGACUCAGAAACUGAACUCACAUCGAAUUCACAUUCAACUGAACAAUUAGGUUAUACUAAAUUUACUAAUGUAACAAAUAAUUCACAACAAUCCUCUGACAAUACAAAUCCCAGGAAAGUACAUUUACCAGUAGAGGCAACAUGUAAUUUCAGGCCUACAAAAUGUAAUUGUGAUCCUUCAGUGUUCACUAAACGUAAUGGAAUACCUAUGGAUUCAGGCACACCAUCAAUAAUAACAACAAAUUGUGCUACUGCUAGUACUUUUGACACUAUUCCUACAAACACUGAUAUUGCUGAUAUAUCUAGAAAUAAGGGGGAUGAUUUGGACAAAUUCACCAAUCAUAAUCAACUAUCUGACUUAAAUACAUAUGAUGAUGAUCAUAAUCAUUGUAAUUUUACCGGUAAUCAACAUGGUCUUAAGAAAUCCAAAAAAUGGAAAGUUGGACCUAAUGGCCUCCGUGUUCUAUCACUUGAUGGUGGUGGUAUGCGUGGAUUAGUUAUCGUACAAUUACUUCGUGCUUUAGAAAUAGCAUCUGGAAAGAAAAUUACAGAAUUAUUUGAUUGGAUCAUUGGUACUUCAACUGGUGCAGCGAUAUCACUAUUUCUAGUAUCUGGCAAAUGUUUACAUUGUUGUCGUACAUUAUUAUUUCGAUUCAAAAAUCUUGUCUUCUGUGGUAAACGACCAUAUCCACCGGAACCAUUAGAAAUGUUAAUGCGUGAUGAAUUCGGUGAUAAUACUGUAAUGACUGAUUUAAAAACAGUCAGAGUUGCUGUAACUACACUUGUCAGUGAUCGAUGUCCACCAAUAUUGCAUAUGUUCAGAAAUUAUAAAUCUCCCCGUACUCGAAUACAACAAAUUUUAGAAACACGUCAAUCUGGAUUAAAGUCUUCUGUGUAUCAACGAACAAACAGAAGAAACAGCGGACUAACUCAUCGUCAGUCUACUUCCGCCCUUGAGCUUGAUCGUGAAACUCAAUCUACAAAAUCAUCAACACUUUCAACUUCUCAAUCUAUUUUAAAUUUCUUCUCAAAUGCUCAGGGAUUGUUAAUAGGUAGUGAAACAAGUACCAACCUUUCAACAUCUGACACUGAAUUAAAUAAUCCGUUUGAACAAAUGCCUGAAGAUAAUGAACAUCCAAUUUGGAAAGCUGCUAGGGCUUCAAGCGCUGCACCGACAUAUUUUAGACCUUGUGGGCGUUUUUUGGAUGGUGGAUUAAUUUCAAAUAAUCCAACACUAGAUAUUUUAACAGAAAUUCAAGAAUUACAACUUUUACAACGUUUAAAAAAUAAACCUAUAACUCCUAUAGCAGUGGUUGUUUCUCUUGGGACUGGACGGUUGCCUGUAAUGCCUGUAGAGACAGUGGAUGUAUUUCGUCCACAAAAUAUUAUGGAAACAUAUCGAUCUGUACGUGGUUUCGGAUUUCUUGGUCGUAUUCUGGUUGAAAUUGCAACCAUGUCAGAUGGCCGAGUUGUUGAUCGUGCUAGUGCAUGGUGUGGUUCACUUGCAGUACCAUUCUUUCGAUUAAAUCCUCCAUUAUCAACUGAUAUUAGUCUUGAUUCUACUGAUAGUAAAGAACUUUUACUUAUGAUUGUUGAAACUCAAACUUAUUUACGUCGAGUUCACGAACGGAUUGAACUGUUAGCUUCAUUGUUGCAAUAGGAUAUAUUUUUAUGUAGAAAUUCACUUGUUUUACAGGUUAUUUUUUGAGAUAUUUAUAUAAUGAUUCGUUGAUUAUAACCAUUAUUAUCAAAUAAUUUACUAUUGUUCAGCAUACAUACUUCCGUCAAAGUUUACGGAAAAAUAAGAUUCCCUGCUAAAAGUUAUUGUUCCAAUUUUUGUUAAUCAAUUCUUGACCUUUGUUUUCUAAUCAUUUACAAAGCUUUCGGAAUUUCUUUUUAUAUCUUUUAUUCAUCGUACAGAAUUGAUUUUAUUUAUACUUUGAGUAAUAACAUUUUAAUAUCUUAUUUUGUGAAACAAUUUACGUGAUAAUCAGUAUGCAUACAUAUAGACAUACUGCUUCAAACUUUUCCCCAUCAGCUUAUCUAUUUUUUUUUUAAAUUCCGAUUCCGAUUUUCAAUGUGUUAAGAUCAUCAAUUGAUACAUUCGAAAAGAAAAUCACUUUUUAUGGGAGAGAAACUGUGUAUAAUAUUGUUUUGUUAACAAUUAAUUAGUUUCACCAUAAUAGUAGGUAGCUACUUGGGUGGAUCUAAUGAUACAAAUUCUUAAGUGGUAUGGUGUCUGGAAGUUGUCACAUUGAAGCGUAGUGUUGGAAGACAAAAUAAAUUAGAACGAAGAAAGUCAUAAAACAUAAAAUCCAAACUUAUUUCUAUGAUAAUGUUGCUAACCACUAUCAACUUUGAAGUAGUUGCGACCAUGCUAUUGUCAUCGUUCAUGAGGUUUGCUCUAUUGCUUAGGCUAGAGACUAAAUGAACAUGCACGUGUCACUCGACGGUCAAUUUAUUAAGUAGGUUCCAGAAUGUUCGGUGGGCGAGUAGCUAGUGAGUAUGUAGGAAAUAUCCAGUGCGGGAUAACAAUAUAGUCAAAAAAAUGUAUGUUAGUGAAUAAUUAGUCUCAUAGAACCAUCUCGGUAAUAGAUGACUCAAGCAUUUAUUCUCGCUGCUAGCCUUACUACUAACCGCUUAAUUGAUUCGAUGAUUUAUUCAUUUCAUUAUGUAUAUAUAUGUCCAUGUUAUUCAUGUUCAUUGCUCUCGCUUAAUUGUACUCGCUUACUCGUACUCAUAUUUGCUGACUCACUCGUUUGCCUGCUUGCCUUUCGGCACAACUCUUUCAUGCUUUUUUAACGCACCUGUAAUUUUGGAUAUCUAUGUGGACUAGUCUUAAGAAAAACAGACGUAAAAGGAUUUUCUCCAUAUUUGCAUGAGCAUACAACAACGGAUCUGACAGAGUGAAUGUCCGGUUAGUUACUGUGCAUUGCUCGAAACAUUAUGUUGAAUCUUAUUUUGAGAAACAUUAUUUCUAAAAACACUAAUUUACUAGUAAGUGAGAUAGGCAAAGACUAUGGACUACUAAAGCAAACUUUUCGAACAAGAGAUAUUAUCUUAACGUGACUUGUGUUUCUCAGACGUUUUCUGUGUCCUUACACAACGAAAAUACCAUUUUUUAUACAAAGAAUCUAUACGGAGCUUAACGUUCGCUAGAUUACUUUUCUACUAAAAUUUAUUUGAAUUAUUAGUUAACUAUAGUCUUGACUCAACGCACUACUCGGUUUAAACGGAUUUUUAUGUUAAAAUGCUAGUUUUGGUUUCAGUAAAUUUCAAGUGUUUAUAGUACUUGUUUUGAUCUGUCUAAUCCGUUUUGAACAUAUUACUUCUUUAUGCGCUAAUGAAAUUUUAUUUCAGUCUCGUUAACAACCUGUAUUUCACUAUGGUCACUGAGAACAAUUGUAAGAGACCUGAAUGCCUUUUUGCUGUCAGCUAUGGUAUGCAGUGUGACAAAUGCAAAGGUUGAUUUCACAGAGGGUGCACAGACCUUCCAGUAACUGCUUACAACAGACUUGGUAAGUUAGAUCGCAAGUAGGUACGCGGCAUAUGCAACGUAAGUUCUGUGGAUUUGCUAAGCAACAUCACUCUCUUGACAAUUCUGAGAAAAAAAAUAUCGGCAACCCUAUAACAUGGCAGUCUUGAAACGGACAAAUAAACAAAGGCUCGCAGCAAAGUAAAGUGGAGGGUCUUUAUCAACAUCGGUAUCGACUGGAUACGCAUCAACACCAGCGAAGUUAUGAUGAAACUGAUCACCGCCAUAAAAUCGACAGUGUUACACACUCUCAGAUUUGUGUCCUCAAGCACAGUCUCCUUAAGUGCAAUUGUGGUCCCCAAAAAUUCUGUUGACAACUGGACACUGUCAACAGAGUUAAAAAAGAUCGAUUGUCACCGUCACAAAUGCUGUACAACAUAAGUCUUGUAAGAAAAUCAGCUGAUGAAUCGGUCGUGCAAUCUGCUCCUGAAAUUAACCAACCAGUCGACGAAAAGUACGAGAAUCCGGGCAGCCAUCCGACUGCAAACGAAAAGGACCUCAACCUCACCAUGCUCGAAAACCUAGGAAGACGAUCAUAGUUCGUGAUGAUUAUCCCAUAAUCAUGAACCUUGAAAACAACUCUGACCUUUCUGUCAAUCCACAGAACACAAACAACCGGAUACUCUGGGAGGAGUUGGGUUGGAAGCCCUAACUUACCAUAAUUUGGCCACUGACUGUUACAUAGCUUACCCGGGAAAAGGACACCAAACACUAAAAUUAUCCGAGACUCUUUUGAGUAUCGUUCAUCAACACUUUUGACGUGGAGAAUGCCCUGCUAGCCAGUCAUUAGCUAAAAUAAGGAGAUAUGAGGAUGCUGCACGUUGUACCAUAUUCUGAGCUCAAUUUUAUCAGGAACAUAAAAAAAUGACCACGUGAGACGUUCUUUCACGGAAGAAAUAUUAUUGUGCAAGGUAUCCCAGAAAACACGGACUCUAAUGAUGCAGACUACGAUAUUCAAGAGCAGAAGUUCAUAAAACUGUCCUUAAACGUUAAGAAGGUUUCAACGUUUUCACGUGGUUUUAAUUUGUUUUUCUGAUAGUUUUUCUCUUCAAUUUAACAAGAUUUAUUGGCAAAAAAUACUUCAUUUCUGAUAAGGUGUCUAAUAAUUUGACACCUCAUCUUGGCACUCAACGUCAUACACUAAUUCUGUAAGUUCUCACGCUGUUCAUCUCUUUUCGUUCACUAAACUUAACAUAUUGGCUCUUGACAAAUAUUGGAUCUGAUCCUACCAUAGAACUUUAUACAUCUAAUAAGUUAUAAUUAGCGGUUCACUUAAUACAAACCUUAUAUUUAGGCUACUUCAAAUUAUGUCCAAGCCAUCUAAAACACAUACAAUCUCUCUUGAUGUCUAUAGCGCCUGCAAAAGGUCAACUUCCGUCACUAGAGCGAAUUAUGUAAAGCUUUAUAAACACACCGAUCAGUCUGUAUCGUACUCCGAUCUUCCGACAGCUACACUAGACGUGCACUAUGUACUUGAACAUGACACGUCAUUACCUUGAAUCUUGCUUACAGAUAUAAAUAAGACCGGCCACAAACCGUUUGGGUCGACAUCACUUAGCAGUCCACUCAAAAGCGUCACAUGUUGUGAGCAGCUUUCAGGAAGUGCGGCUGACCCAAAACACUCAACAAAUCCACAGUUAGCCAUCCUGUGUGGCGGCCCACAGUGUGCAUGUAAGCUUGUCUACAAUAGCCAACCCAAUGAUCUAGAUCUUUACUACUUUAUUCUUCAACUAAGUAUGCGCAAAGUGACCACCCAAUAGACACUUGCAACAAGUCUGUAUGCAAUCAUAUCGACCCUGACAAUUUUGAUGUAAAAUCUAAUCAUUUUGCCAGUGACAGUUCCAAGAGCAGUCAAAUAGAACUUAGCCUCACCCAGACUAUUCAAAAGUUACUAGCGUACAAAUAUCCAAUCAUUGUUCCGGAAAAUUCCGAUCUCGAAAUCAUAAAAAAACACUGCAGAAGUAAUUGACCAUAUAUCAUCUGAAGCGCUGACAAGACUAUAGUGUACGUAGAAUUUCAUUGUGUAUAAUAUACCUGAUAGUGUAAACGUAGUCUUUUAAAAAUGUCCCAACAAAAGAAUGUGGAUUGUCGCAAUCUUAGUGAUUAACAAGAAGUUUACGUAAAACAAAAACGAAGACUUCUUAUUCCAUUCUCCUUUAGUUUGGUAGUAUCACAGAAUCCAUUCACCUCCUUAAUAGUCACUCAUUACUAAGGCAUAUCCCAACAUUUAAAGAUAUUAGAAUCAUCUAUGACAGGAUUGCUAUCCAACGUCGAAUCUUCAGUGAAUUUCAAAUCAAUCAACCCAGCCUGCGUAGUAGCCACAUUUACAAUGAUCGCCACUGCACAAACGCUAAAACACCAUUUUCUAUCCCUCCUAAAAAAGGAGGCACGUUGCACGCUGCUACUCGUUCUACGAACAAGACUGCACAUAAAGCAGAUGCGGUUGUUCAUUUUAAACCCAAACACCCAACUACUCCCAAAUACCAAUCCACUUAUGUUUCUAUAGUGCCCCAGCAUUGCCCUAGUGGCUCCGAUAAAAUCUCAAAAUAGCCUAAAUAUAUUCCUCCCAGAAAUUGCUAUAAGAGCUAUAGCCGCUCGAUCACCGCAGUACGAAAUAACACUAAACCCUCUAUAGAAACACAUAAGUGCUCCAGCGCCCUUGACCCACAACAUGCACCUGUCCAUAGAAGUAGAAUGCCCUUCAGAAAACAUGGUGGACUGGCGGUACCAAUUCAUCCCAACGUGUGACUACACCCGACUAAAACCACGCCUACACAUAAUACCAGUAAGCCUUAUAGGGCGAACCUUACAAUCUCUGUGAUUCAGUACACAACCGUGCGUAACACAAACACCUCCCCUGGCAGCAAUGCCGCACAAUCCCCCAUUCCUUGCUUCAAACAUGCGACCUUCUCAACUACCCAUAAGAGGACUAAGAUUGCACACGGCCCACAAGGAAGCUGUAAAGUUGGUCUACUUGGGAACCCACCUAGUGAUUCUAGAUACCAUCAAAGUCAAGCCACCCUAUACAACUCUGUGAUCUCCCCUAAUUCGACAUAUACACGACCUCAUCCUUUUUUAUCUCCCUCCCCCUUGACAGUGCUGCUAUGGGGUCUCUAAAUGUUGAGGGCGAAAAUCCCACUAUUUUGAGACCAUCCCCUAUGUUCUCCGACCCAAUGCGGGAAUGACAUAUCUUUCUUCCCACCGAUAACUGUCUCUGGUCUCGAAAGCUCCUUGGCUAAACCCCUUGACCACUUCCCAAAUGCAAAACCUAUCUAUUCAACUCACUCGACUCUGUCAUUCCUAAACAUACAUUUCUCGCUAAACUACCCUUCGACUACCUACCUCACACCAGCUACAUUGAUUACAAAACAAACGAACAUGAAUGUGGAGCCGGUACUCCUACUUCUUCCUCUCCUCCUCAUGACAAAACAGACAAUGCACUACAUUUACAUCGCACCCUUCUAUUAGACAAAUAAACACCGUGCCUGACAAUUAUGUUAAUCAAUGCUCGAUCUGUACAAAAUAAGAUUACUUAACUACACACGCUAUCACUUUUAGACAACCCUUCACUUGUUUUGAUAAUGGAAAGUUGGUUGUCCUCCGAUGUCACAGACACCUAUGACUGGGGAGACUUUCGAUUUCCAAUCAAGUACUCUGACUGGAGCAGUUACUUUACCAGUGAUAACCUCUUAUAACAUUAGAAAUAUUCAAUACCACCACCAAAUCUGCACUAGACACUACUAUACCCUCUAAAAUUGCUUUUAAAACAACUACUCCAGAAAUAAACCAAAAGACUAGGUCUAAACUGCGGAAACUGAGAAGGACGUACUACAUACCAAAAGAUUUCAGUGCCCUGCACCAGAUAUACUCUGUACUCGAUGGAGUACAAAGUCAACACAACAAAAAUCAACAGGCUGUGGAACGCACUGCGCUCACUGCCACAUCUAAAGCCCAAGCCAUACGUCGUCUCCUCGCAAAGCGCAAAAGAAAGAACGCAGAUCACAACAUUCACUCCUUACUGUGCAAUGAUGUGACGUAUUAUGACCAAACCAUCAUGUGUGAACUGUUAAGUGAAUAGUUUUCACACCAUGUGAAUAUAUCUCAUGUCCCAGAUAUUAGCAUUAAGUGCAUCAGCAAAAAUUAUUUCAGUACCGUAAACUUUGGUCUCAUUGGUAUAUACACUGCCAUCAAAACCGUUAGACCAAAUGCGAGUUCUGUUGCCGAAGACAUCUCACCAAUUAUUUAUAAAAUGUCAGGACAGGACAUACGAGCGCUAUUACUCAAAAUACUCACAUUAUCUUUAGAAGCAGGUACAUAUUCCGAAAUCUGGAAAGCGGCGUACGUUAUCCCCAGAAACAAAUCAGGACUGAGAAACCUGGUUGAAAACCACAUACCUAUAAACACCACCCCAGUUAUAUCACGCAUAAUGGUAAAAGUGGUACAAAAUAACUAUCUGAUCACCUACUUAAGGGAGGUCUAAUAGAUCGUCACAACGCAUCUUCUAUAGAAAAGGGUCCUGCAUUACAUGCCUGACAGACUUCUUUACCGAGGUUACUCGCAUACGUGACUAAAAGAAACUAGUAGUUACACUAUACUUUGUUAUUAAGAAAGCUUUUGAUAAGGCACCUCACAACCUCCUAAUCAUCAGACUUCAUUCGGUUGGAAUUACAAACAACUUAUUGUAGUGGAUUGAGUCUUUUCUAACGAACAGAUACUAAAUAACCAAAAUUUUCUCUACAUGAUUUACACCUCGACCAAUAACCAACGGUGUUGUGCAGGUUAGUGUCUUGGGUCCAUUGCUUUCUGCAGGUGGUUUAACACAGGUAAGACCUACCUUUACGCCAAUGAUUCAAAAGUAAUCUAAAAAACUAGCAUUUACGAUGUACGUAGUACCAUACAAACAAUCCAACAUGAACUCAGCAGGGUUGACAACUGGUGGAAGCACUGGAGGUUGGAGCUCAACACACAGAAAUGUGGCUGGCUGUGUAUCAGAGACACGUCUAUUGAAAUAAAACUAACAUUUAGCAAGAGCACACUGCCCAGACUGACAUCAGUAACUGACCUAAGUGUACAUUACUCUCACAGUCUUAACCUUUGUGAAUGUAUCUCAACCAAAG